AUGGAGAAGAUGAUUUUAGCUCGGCAAGCCGCGAGCUUCCAUUUUUUUUCAUCUUUUUCUUUCCAUCCCCGACACCUCUGCCCUAGCAUCUCGCGCUGCCAUCACAGCCGGCCACCGCGAGCUCUAUCUCCGAUCACCUCACAUCAGAGCCGAGCUUUCCUCCAUCUCGAGUGCCCUAGCCGGCUCCGACGCCACUGCCGACUACCGCCUUGUUCCUUGCUUGAGCAGCCGGCAAUCGCAGGGAUCUUCCUCACCAGUGUCGUGCCCUAUUUUACUUUUCACAGUGGUUCUGUCUUCAUUGUUAUCUGCCCUAGCUGUGAACGAAGAGUGAAUCUUUUCUUGAAUUCCGACAGUGAAGUUUCAACCGGAGGUCUUGGCUGUGGAGGACCUUUAGUCCAGCAGCCCACUCUAGGUCCAGUAACAACGAUCUUUGCUAUUGAGCCACAACGACUGUGGUUGAGGACUUUGAUUCGAGACGAGCAUCUCGACGUCCGAGUUGCACCGGAUUGAUCUUAUUUCGAU